GAAGCUCGAGAGGUUUGCUUUUCUUUUUCACUUUUUGACCUCUCGGUUAAUCGAAAUUCUUCUGCUCUGCUGCCAUGACUGCUAGAUAAAGAAUUGGGGCAAACUACGCGUCCAUGAUCAACAGGUGAUGACGAUGACGAUGAAAUUGGAGGCUUUGCCUAAGGGUUUCAGGUUCCGGCCGACGGACGAGGAGCUCAUCAGCCAUUAUCUCAGGCUCAAAAUUAACGGCCACAAUUCUUCCGUUCAGGCUAUCCCUGAGGUUGAUGUCUGCAAAAGAGAGCCCUGGGAUCUUCCCGCACUCUCCGUGAUAAAGUCUGAUGACCCUGAAUGGUUCUUCUUCUGUCCUCGCGAUAGAAAAUAUCCAAAUGGUCAUCGUUCUAAUAGAGCCACUGAAGCAGGUUAUUGGAAGGCUACUGGGAAAGACCGUGCUAUAAAAUCUCGCAAGUCAUUGCCUUCUGGUUGCUCCAGUACCCAAUUAAUUGGCAUGAAGAAAACUCUUGUUUUCUACAAGGGUCGUGCUCCUAAAGGUGAACGUACGAAUUGGAUAAUGCAUGAGUAUCGUGCUACUGAACCAGACCUCAGUGGUUCUGCUCCUGGGAAGGGAGACUACGUUUUAUGCCGCUUAUUUCACAAGGCAGAUGAUAGCCUGGCUAAUGCAAAGUAUGAUGAAGUUGAUCCUACCGGAUCUUCUCCUUCUACCGAAAAAUCUUCUCCGGAUGAUGUAACAUCAGAUCUGUUUCAAGAACCUGUUGUGCCUGCUGUGGAUGUGAAGGAAUCGGAGGGUGUUAAGAAGCAGUCGGCACUUGAACCAGACCAUCCGGUUUAUAUGUCGCAAAUGCCUAUUGGAAGCUGCACAUCCAAUGUUUCUGGUCACUCAAACGACAAUUUAACAACAGAGGUGGAUGCUUCCUUACAGGAAAUUCCCAAAUUUGAGGAUCCUGAUCCUGCCAACAAUUUCUCAGAUACUGUUCUGUCUCACCCGACUGCCGAUUCAGGAGAAUGCAUAGGUUCACCCUUCUCGCGUGAUUUUGGCUAUGCUCUUGAUGAAUCACACUUUCAAGAUGGUACAUUCGAACCGGAUGUAUCCUUCUCAGAGCUGCUGAAAGGUUUUCAAAGUUUUGAUAGCUUUUCCUACUUGGACUCUACUGCUCAGUUGAAUUUCAGUGCUGCAAAGGACAGUCUCAUUCCUGAGCAGAUCAAUGGAAUGGAGCAAUCACCAGCUGCAUUCUUUGAUGGAAAACAUAUUCAAAUUUAUGAUGAGUCGGAUUCAGAAAUGACCAACUCACAGUGUCUGAAUGCGCAGGUGGAUGAUUCAUUUUUCGAUUCACAUUUGAUUGAAGAUGGUAGUACUCUCCCCACUGGAACUGCAAUCAAGAUUCAUUCUCGUCAGCCACAAAGUCGACCUGGUUCGGCAAACACUGCCAACCAGGGAACUGCUUCAAGAAGGAUCCAUCUGCUGAUGGAAUGCCUACCAAACUCCAUUCGUGGCUUAAAAUCUGAAGAUGCCAACAGUCCAAAAGAAAAAGAAUUGCGCCCACUUGCUACAGAGGCUGCUAAAAGCAUUAAUAGAACUUCAAAGCCUCGUGACCGAGAAUAUGGACAUCUCGAUGAAGCUAAAAUUGCUCAACAACAUGAUCAAAGCCGGGAGUCUCCAGCAAAGCAUGGUACUAAAGAGGGCAGCGCAAGGACGGGCUUUAUGUGGUUCCCGGCAUUGUGUUUCCGCACAGGUUCAAGCUUUCUGAAUGCCUAUGCUGUGAGCAUUUAUUUUGUGAUAAUUAUGUCGAUAGUUUCCAUUGGGUUGUGGCCAAAAUGUCCCGGUUGGAGCAUGCGGGACAACUGAUCGAUGUCUCUACUCUGCGGUUCAGAUUGGAUUGGAAUGGAUUCGGUGAUGAUACUGGUUAGUCAUAAAAUAUCCCUCAUUGUUGCUGCUUUGGUGUUUGGUGCCAUUGUUGAGGGUAGAAAGCUAUGAUGUCCAAACUAAUACUCAUGUAUAAAUUUAAUUUGUAGGUAUUGUUUGGUUGAAAUGUAUUUACGCUCAUUGUUUAACGUUGGAUGCUCAAUGGUUAAUAAUGGAGGAUUAAUUUGUUUA